CCUAGUCGACCACUUUCUGUUGCGACUAUUUGUGAGGAAGACAAAGGAAGCGUAAAUUUUGCCCCUCUGUCUCUUUGUCACACUCACACGCCGAAAGAAAGAGGCUACCCAUUGUGCAUAUAUAUAACGUUCAACGCAUUGGCACUGCCAUUCUGCAUACAACAUGACAUUCAACACGGAGAUAGCUAUGGUCUAAAAUUGCGGAAAGUUCCCCAUGUUAUUUCAUUAUCAUGCACUACUACUAGCAAAGAAUAACUAGCUACUUUUCUGUGUACAAAACCUUUUAGCCGAAAAUCGGUGUCACUUCUUAUAUAUACAUUCAAUUUUCAAAGCUUAACAGAUUACAGUUACGCUCGAGGCUUAUCUGGUUCCUAUGAUUCGUCAUUCCUAACAUUCACUCCAUUGCCUUCUCAACAAUAAUUUAACAUGGUAAAGCCUUUUUUUUUCCUUAUGUAUUUCCUGAUCACUAUUACUAUUUUGCAAUGGUAUUAUUUUCAGUUACUUGAAAGGUUUGUUGUUCAGGUUGGCUUCAACCCAGUUCCUAAUUGGCUUCUUAUUCUCAAGGAAGAGAAGUUUUUUACUCGUUGUUUGAUUCAUGACUCUGUAAAGAAGAACGAUAAGAACAUUUUUUGCUUAGAUUGCUGCACCAGCGUUUGCAUCCAUUGUGUGCCCAUUCACUGCUCUCACGUCCUUUUGCAGAUACGAAGAUAUAUGUACAACGAUGUUAUACGGCUUGACGAUGCUCAAACAUUGUUGAAUUGUUCCCUUGUUCAACCCUACACAACAAACAAAACUAAGGUUGUGUUUUUGAAACAAAGGGCACCCACCCGCUCCCACAAAGGCUCUAGCAACCUUUGCAUCACGUGUGACCGUAACCUUCAAGAUCCAUACACCUUCUGCUCUUUGUCUUGCAAGCAGGUUCAUCGAUAUCUUCUACUAAUUACCAAAAACACAACCACAAAGGACCCUUGGAACAAGCAUGAAUUCUCUGUUGUACUAGACAACGAAAGAAGUAGCGAGAAGCCACAAGAGAUUGAAGAUAGCCAAAUCACAACAGAUUCAGUUCUAGACUCAUCCACGUCGACGUCGUUUUGCACUGUGUCUGGGUCAACAAGUAGUAAUAGUGGGGUUGUGGCAGAGAGCGUGAAUAAGUUACUUAAAAAGAAACGUAGCAGUGUUGAGAUGGUGCCAGAGAUUUGGUACACCAUGGUGAACCGGCGAAAAGGUGUCCCCCAUCGAUCUCCAUUGUACUGAUAACAUAUCCUUCAGCCAAUUAUUUUUUUGAAUCGAAUAAUGGGGUUGAGAUUAUACUCAUAUAGACCCCCAACCAAUUUUGUAUGUUCAGUGUUCUUGAGAUUUCAUAAGUACUAUGUACUUUCACACUUCUUCUGAUACACCGCUCAGCCAAUUUUGUAUAAUGUUGCCAAUUAAUUUAUAUUUAUAGAACAUUUUUAAUUCUU